CGUGAAUGAUGACCCAUUCUCUUUUGAAAUGGUGACGUCACAAACUUGAUAUCACGUCAUGUUUGUUUCCAGGAAAAUCUAGUCGACGAAGUUUCUAUACACUCUCUGAAAAGGCUUAAGUUACACAUCUAUACUCACGGAAUUUCGGUUUGUAUAACAGCAGUACCAUUCGCCCGUCCCAAAUCAAAUCCCCACCGACAUUUAUAACUGGGCAAAGUUGAUGGACAGGUAUGGAGGUGGAGAAAGAUGACGAGACAUUGAAAGCGACGUCUAUUGGCCUCCUUUCCGAAGACCAGAAGGAAUAUUUACGGAAUAUAUUCGUCAAUUCGGGCGCGACCCAGACAGGGAACCUGACAGCUAAGGAUCUCCGUAAGGGCAUGCAAAUCCUGGGGUUGAACCCAACCAUGGCCGAGGUGAAGGAUCUUAUGAAGAAAUAUAAAGUCACGGCUCGCAAAAUACAGUACGACGAUUUCGAGAAGAUAGUAUUAGCAGAACUGCUGGCCAACACGGAAGACGACUUCGAUAUUUUGGAGGCAUUCAGGAUAUUUGACCGGGACGGAAGUGGAUACCUUGACCGCGAGGAGCUCCGGUACUGCCUAACCAUGCUGGGGGAGAAGCUGAGCGAUAAAGAAGUGGACGAACUGUUUGAUAUGCUAGACAUUAACAAGGAUGGGCGUCUCGACCUUAUGGAGGCUACGAAAUUACUGGCAUGAUUGCGAAAUGCUGCAAGAGAAAUCCUGAAUGACACACAAAAUCCAAAAUCGCCGGAAAAUUCUUUCAUAAAAUAUGAACUACAGAAAAAAAACUGAAAGGGUGCAAAGAAGUUGUGUAAAAGGUGCAGAACUUCACGACCUUUUUCCAUGUCGGUUGAUUUGCAUAUGUUCAAAACGUUCCCGUUAUAUUGGCGCUCACUUACAUGUCGUGUAUGUGCCUGUUUAUAUUUAUUGAAUCGAAAUCAUGCAUGCAUUAUCAUCUUCGAAUUUAAAGAUCAACCAAUUAA